ACCCAGGAGGCGGAUGUUUCGCACCCCCAGACUACCGGCGCCUAGCUCAGAGCUGCCCGGAUUGGGAGAUCUGCAAGUUUUCCCUAGUGAAUGAACGAAUGACUGAAUGGACGAAUUCGAGUUCUCCGUGUGCCAUCUCUGGUAAGCUACCGGCAACGUUGUAUCUCGGUUUCCCCAACUGCGCGUCUAGAGCUGACGCCGACCCCGCUACCGGGGGUGCAGUGAAAGAGGCAGGCACCAAGGGGCGAGCUCCAGCUUCUCCCGGGCGGGCGGGCGGUACCACGACACUCCUUCGAGGCGGGGAAGACGGGGCGGAGACGGGGCUCCCCCGCUGCGGCGCUAUUGGCCGCGCCCGCCGCCACCCGGCAGUAGUUGCCGAGGUCAGCCCCGCCUACUUCCUCUUUCUUUCGGAGCGACCGGCGGCGGCGGCGGCGGCGGUAGCGGCGGCCUGUGCAGCGAUGGCCAAGAUAAAGGCUCGAGACCUUCGCGGGAAGAAGAAGGAGGAGCUGCUGAAACAGCUGGACGACCUGAAGGUGGAGCUGUCCCAGCUGCGAGUCGCCAAAGUGACGGGCGGCGCGGCCUCCAAGCUCUCUAAGAUCCGAGUCGUCCGCAAUCUAUUGCCCGUGUUCUCACAGUUAUUAAUCCAGACUCAGAAAGAAACCUCAGGAAAUUCUACAAGGUGAGUCUGCCGGGGCAUA